AUGGAUGGGGAAAAGAUUCAAAGAGCAGACCUUCCAGAGGGUGAAAAUGAUGAUAGCACACCUCUCCACGCGGCAUCAUCCAAUGGUCACCUCGAGGUUGUAAAGGAUCUCAUUGGCCAAGGAGCAGAUAUAAACAGGGCUAGUAAUGAUAAUUGGACACCUCUCCACGCGGCAUCAUUCAAUGGUCACCUCGAUGUUGUACAGUUUCUCACUGGCCAAGGAGCAGUUCUAAAUAGGGCGGAUAAUGAUGGCAGGACACCUCUCUACGCGGCAUCAUUCAAUGGUCACCUCGAUGUUGUAGAGUUUCUCAUCGGCCAAGGAGCAGAUUUUAAAAGGGCGGAUAAAGAUGGCAGGACACCUCUCUACGCGGCAUCAUUUGAGGGUCAUCUCGAUGUUGUACAGUUUCUAAUUGGCCAAGGAUCAGAUCUUAAUAGGGUGGAUAAGGAUGGCAGGACACCUCUCCACGCGGCAUCAGCAAACGGUCACCUCGAUGUUGUACAGUUUUUCAUUGGGAAGGGAGCAGAUCUACAAAGGGCGGAUAAGGAUGGCUGGACACCUCUCUUCAUGGCAGCAGCAAACGGUCACCUCGAUGUUGUACAGUUUUUCAUUGGGAAGGGAGCAGAUCUAAAAAGGGCGGAUAAGGAUGGCUGGACACCUCUCUACACAGCAUCGUGCAAUGGCCACCUUGAUGUUGUACAGCUUCUUAUUAGGAAAGGAGCAGAUCUGAAUGGUAAUGAUUUGAGCACACUUCUAGAAGCGGCAUCACUCAAAGGUCACCUCAAUGUUGUACAGUUCCUCAUUGGCCAAAAAGCAGAUUUCGCAAGGGCUGGUAUUGGUGGACUCACACCUCUCGAAGCAGCAUCAUUUAAUGGUCAUCUCAAUGUUAUCCAGCCGUUGGUUCACAACAGGAAAGCGGGAGUGUCGAAAAACAGGUGGAUAGCGAAGGAAACGUACACACCUCAAAAACAGAACAGCUCAACACAGACUCUGCAUCUUCUGAACAGGUCGUAG